AAGCCCAACCAAUCAUCUGACAGGGAGGGAAGAGGAUCAGCACCACCGACUUCCCAAGAUGCUGGCAUUAAUAAACCAGCUUUUAGACUGGUUCAAGUCUUUAUUUUGGAAGGAAGAGAUGGAGCUGACCCUGGUCGGCCUCCAGUAUUCGGGAAAAACGACGUUCGUCAACGUAAUUGCCUCUGACGAAACCCUAAUUGGAGUGAUGGUUGAUGAGAUGAAGAGGCUGCUGAGGAAGCUGAUGUCCAAAUUUGUGCAAAUGGAUGUGAUCAGGAAAGCUGGGGAUAUCCUAGAUGUUGAUUACAGGAACAAGGAGAACUGGCAUGACACAGGCAACAUAGCAGUAUAACAUGAUGCCAGACAAUACAUGGAGCAAGUUGAAGACUAUCUCUGAUGCCACCAAAAAGAGGUUCUUUGACAGUGUAGUUAAUUUUUACACAAGUGUUGUGACCAAAAUGAACUUGAAAAAAAAUGGUUGCAUUUUGUCUUAGCGAUUGUCGCGCGCGCGCGCGUUAUCGGGGUUGGCAAACAGAAAUCUCCCUAUUUGCAAUUUCUACAACUUAACAGGUAUGUUACAGGUUUAAUUUUAAUCAUUUACGGUUUAUUUUAUCUAUCAAAAUAUGUAAGGUUAAAGGGUCAUAUAUAUACAUACAUACAGUAAUUGCACUCAAAGUAGAGAUUGUCAAGGAUGAGGUAAUAAUUUAAGGUCAAGGCAAUUUAACGUGAUUUAUAUAUAAGGUUUAAAAAAAAUGAUAAAAAUUUUUUUUUAAAUGGUACGCGUAAAAAUGAUUGUCAAUUGCCAAUUGUAGUAUUUGCUAUUUGUUUGCACUGU